AUGUUAUCACACUACAUCUUUCUGGCGUUUGUUUUAUUGCCAUUCAGAGCUUCCGCGUUUUACUUCUAUGGUUACGGUGGAGACAGAAAAUGUUUCCUGAAGGAAUUGUCCAAAGACACUCUUUUAAAAGGUUCUUACAAUUUGGGAGUUUACGAUGAUAAGUUGGCUGAUUAUGCGCUUCCCAAUUAUAAUGAUUACGGCAUAGUUAUAGAUGUAGAAGAAGUCUUUGAUAAUAAUCAUAGAGUGGUCCACCAACAAAGUUCUCCUUCUGGAGAUUUCAGCUUUUUAGCUUUGGAAUCUGGAGAAUAUAAGAUCUGUUUUCAAUCUCAGGUAAAGAACUGGGUAGGUAAAACUAAAACAAAAUUGGAAAUUGAAUUUGAAAUCGGUUUUGAAGCUAUGUUGAACUUGCAAAGAAAAGAAAGCUUGGAAAGUUUGCACGGAAAAGUCAGUAUAUUGAAUUCUAAAAUUAUGGAUAUCAGAAGAGAGCAACAAUUGAUGAGAGAACGUGAAGAAUCCUUUAGGGACAUAUCCGAAUCUGUGAACUCUCGCGCAAUGUGGUGGACAGUAAUUCAAGUCACCCUUCUCAUUAUAGUUUGUGUAUGGCAAAUCAAAAGUUUGCGUUCGUUCUUUGUCAAGCAAAAAGUUUUAUAA